GGAAAAGGAUAGAAAUAAGUGGAUUAUUAUUAUUAUUAUUUGAAAUAAUGGAUGAGGAUGAAGAACAAGUUAUAGCAGAUACAUUAGAAGCAUUUAAAAGAUAUGGAGAAAUUAUGGAAUUGAAGAUUAAUAUACGGCGGAAUAUGUUUAAAUCAUUAAAUCAAGAAGAAAGGUUACAGUUGGUAGAAUUUGAGGAACAUUUAGAUAAAAUAGAAGCAGCAGCUAAGAUUAAUUGUAAACUUGCAAGUGAUAUAGAAAAAAUAGGAAGAAGUCAAUUUCUUUCAGGAAAAAAAUAUACAGAAUCUCAGCCAUUAAAAAUAAGCUAUAUGGAUAAAGUGUUAACAACUAUAAAACAAUUUUGGCGUGAAUGGAGUAAAGAUGGAAUGAUUGAAAGAGAUAAGUCAUAUAAACCUAUAAUUGAUGAGAUUGAAUCAAGAUUUAUGGAUAUUCAUAUUAACGAUAGGAAAAAAAUAAAUAUUUUAGUUCCAGGAGCGGGUUUAGGUAGACUUCCUUUUGAUAUAGCAUUGAAAGGAUUUUCGGUUCAAGGGAAUGAAUUUUCUUAUUUUAUGCUUAUAUCGUCAUUUUUUCUUUUAAAUUAUCUAGAAUCUAGUGAUAAAUAUUUCUUAUUUCCAUUUAUUCAUACAUUUUCAAAUCAUCGAACAAACGAAGAUUUACUUUAUAAAUGUACAAUUCCUGACAUCAAUCCCAGAUCUGUUAUUUUUUCUGGUUCGAAUUUUUCUACAUCAAUUGGAGAAUUUACAGAAGUAUAUUCUCAAAGAAGUAUGGAAUCAUUUUUUGAUGUAAUUGCUACAUGUUUUUUUAUUGAUACCGCACCAAAUAUUAUUUCUUAUAUCAAAACUAUUUGGUAUUCAUUAAAACCAGGGGGAUUUUGGAUAAAUUUAGGUCCUCUUCUUUGGCAUUUUGAAAAAGAUACAUAUGCAAAAGAAAUAUCUCAAGAUAAUAUUCCUGCUUGUAGUAUUGAGUUAACUCUUGAAACACUUAUUCAAUUAAUAAAAAAUUCUGGGUUUGAAAUAGAGAAAAGAAAGAAAAUUAAUACUACAUAUGUUGGAAAUCCAUGUUCUAUGUUAAAAUAUAUUUAUGAAACAGAAUUUUGGGUUGCAAGGAAGAAAGAUAUAUAAUUAUUUUAAGAAUAU